AAGGGAACUUCAAAUGUUUUAUACACCUGACAAGACCUGUUCAACGGGCCGGGUUAGGGCCGGGCCGAAAUUAAAAAGGCAGGGCCGGGCUGAAGUACACAAGUAUAUUAAAUGGGCUGGGCCGGGCCAGGCCGGGCUGAAUUUAAACAUGCUCGAUUCACACAUAUAAUUUGUAAUUGCACAAAUUUUUCUAAUAAUCUAUCUGAUAAAAGAAGCUUGAUCAAAAUAUUAAAACUUUUUAAACCAAAAAAAAUAAAAAUAUUAAAACUUUUGCAUCUUCUCGAAAAGCCAAGUCCCACAAUUCAGGAUGGUUUUCUACCUUCUUCACACCAUUUUCUUCUUUUCUCUCUCCUGCACUGCCUUCAAUUUCUCUACUUUGCCCUUAACCCCAUCUUCUAUCUCACUUCCUGAUCGCUCAAAAACCAGGCAAAGAAGAUGAAUCUCAAAAAUCCAUAAACUUCUGUUGAGAUCUUCGACCCUUUCAUCAUCCAUGGUGUUCGCGUUGAUCUGCUCCUUCAAUGUUCCUCCUCCUCUCAUGGUGAAUCGUGAGGAGCAUACUAUAGUUGAUGAAACAGAGAAUUGCUCAUGCACCGUUAUUCUUUCAUGGCUGCAUGGUCCUAAAGUUGGGACACUGACACAAGCAAGAGUUGAAGAUCUUUGCCCAAUUCAGUCUCAUAGACAGCUUGAUCCCCGGGUUGCUUGCUUUUUAGAACUAGUUAAGUGGAAGCAUUUAAUAGCUGAGGAUAUAACAUGUAAGGGAGAAAGUCCAACCUUCUUUAAGCACAAACCUUGGAAUGCUAUUCAGAUGUCAGAAGGUGGAAGACAGAUGGGAAGUGUAGUGCCAUGUGAAGAAGGAAAUAUUGGUUAUGAAAAGAAUGAAGAUGUAGAUCUUGGAGGAGGAGGAGAUCAUGCUAAAGCAAGGGGAAAUGGUAAUUACUUGUACUCUUUAGACAAAUUGCUGGAGGAUGUGUGUGGCAUUGAUUUUGCCGAGAAAGAUAAAACCGGGACUGAAAUAGCAGAGACGGAUAAAGCUGAGACUAAAAUUGCCGAUUCAGCACGCUUUUUUAUAGUGGUUGAGAACUUGGAGAGGGAUGUGUCUCGCUCAACAAUUGUGGAUUUUGUAUUAGAAGCAACUGGUCUUAAAAUUGAAGCUUUUGUCUUCUUGAGCUUGUCCGCAGAGCCGUAUACCAGAGGAGCCCUUGUUGUUGAUCGGGUUGAGGAUCUUGAGAGGUUGUGUGAGUUUCUGGUUAAACCAGAGCAGAUGAUCACAUCAUCAAAAGGAAGGCCGUGGAUUGUUUUAGAUUCAUCAGCUACCGAAUCAGUGAGACCUUCUUUUUGGUGCUUGGAACCAGAUCUCAAGGACGAGAGGCAGCAGUCAGCUGGUGAUGGAUUGAGAGUUGUUCAUUUAGGAAGUGAGGAAUACAGCAAGGCGGAGAAGCUAAGGGAUUUAUAUUUAGGUUUCACAGAUCAUCAACAGAAACUUUUUAAAAGCUUGGCCUUGGAGGAGCAAAGCAUCUUGGAUGCCUAACAUGAGAAUGAUGUAGAACCUAACAAAGUGCAUGCAUGCAGUAUUUCUGUAAUUUUUGUGAAUAGAUGAUGUUAUUGCUGCAUGCAGUACUCCAAAUAGAGGUAGGGAUCCACAGCUCUAGCCUGUAGUUAAGCUGUGUUACGCAAAUGUGCAACUAAUCAAUGUUUGAUCGAACUUGUAGAGUUGUAGAUGUGCAUAUAUCACAGAUGCAGGAUGCAUCUCUGUCUUGUUAUUUCUGAAAUUUCCUUUUGCAAACAGGAGAAGCAGAAAUUUUUUGUUUACCUCAGACAUGAGGAGAAACAUAUCGAAUUUUCGGUACAUGUUGGCAGGGAAAUGCGUUUUCUUCCAUUUGGUAA